AGCCUCUAAGAUCCUCAUCAUGGUAGUGUUUGCUGGCGUGUCAGUGGCAAUGUUCCUCAGCCCACUCCUCAUCCAAUCCCCUUGUCUGGUGGACGAGAAACAGCUGCCCCCUAAACCUGCCCUCUUUGGUCAUCGCGGAGCACCAAUGCUGGCCCCAGAGAACACCCUGAUGUCGUUCAGGAGGAGUGUGGGGUGCAACGUGACCGCCUUUGAGACGGACGUGCAGCUCAGUAAGGACAGAGUUCCUUACCUGAUGCACGACAACGGCAACCAUUUCCUGAGUAGGACUACAGAUGUUCUACAGAAGUUCCCUGGGAAAGACUUGAACCACAGCACAAACCUCACUUGGGAUGAGCUACAGGAAUUAAACACUGGUGAUUGGUUCCUGAAGACAGAUCCAUUCCGUUCAGUGUCCCAGCUCUCAGAACAGGAGAAGAAGACAGCUGGGAACCAGAGUGUUCCCUCCCUUCUGCAGCUGCUUCACCUGGCCAAGACUCAUAACACCUCUGUCAUCUUUGACUUGAAGAAUGACAACAACAAUGACACUAAUGACACUGUGAAAACCAUCAUCAACUCUGGCAUCCCCCACGACAAGAUCCUCUGGCUUCCCCCCACACAUAGGGAGGAUGUGAAGAAGGUUGCACCAGGGUUCAAACAGGUUUACAACAAUGUGCUUGAUAUGAACCGUGAUGGAGCAGAUCAUCUGAAUGUCAAGUACAGUGCGUUGAGCUUCGCAGAGAUCGGGGAGCUUCGGAACAGGAACGUUUCGGUGAACCUGUGGGUGGUGAAUGAACCAUGGCUCUUCUCUUUAAUGUGGUGCUCGGGGGCCAGCUCUGUGACCACCAACGCCUGCUCUGUCCUACAGGACAAGAACCAGCCUGACUGGACAAUGGGACGUGAUACAUACAGAUGUAUAUGGAUCACAUUGGACCUGGGGUCAUUGCUCAUAAUGUUCGCACUCUUCAUCUUAAAGAGAAGAAAUGAGAUGCACACAUGUUCUGCUUUGGAAUCAAGAGAGCUAUCUUCCUUCUUACCAUCUGAAUAGUUCAGCUUGGAUCCAGAAAUCCAUCCCACCCCACCCUACACCCUAAUGGCUCAGUCUUGAAUCAGGAAGUAAUUAGGCUAAUUGAAAAGACAGUAUCUAUAAAAAUGUGUGGAUCACAUGCAUAAAGUACAUUUUACAUUCAUUAUGAGAAUUUAUGAGCAAAGGUGAAAAUACCACAUGGGUUGCCACAAGGAUGGCCAUUCAAGAAGUAAUUUCAUUGUCAUUUUAUUUCAAUAUAUUUAGAUGCUUUUUGUGACCAUUUGUAAAUAGUGUUUUCCUAUAGAAAAUGUUUGCGUGACACUAUUUGUAAAAAAAAAUAUUUAUUUGUUCACUGUAUACAUUAAGUUUACAUGAAGUCUUAUUUGGAAACUACUGGUGUUGGGUUCACUGAUAAAUGUCAGCACUAUUUCCACUGGGGCUUACAUUCUGAAUGAGAGAUGUACAAAAUGAUCACAAAUCAUCUUAUAACAUUUUAUUUAAAAAAAUAGGCUAUCUGGAUUUGACACAUGUCUGUGUGUGUGUACGCGCCUGUGCGUGAGUGAGUAGUUGUGUGCGUGAGAGACAGAGCGUGUGUUUCAGAAAAUUACAUGUCAUGAUUUAUUUGUGUGUGAAUAAAAAAAAAUGGAAUGUGUUGGGUUCAGUUGCUGCAGAUGCUGGUCCUUGGCAAUAUGAAAGUCUCUUCUCCAACCAUUAGAUGGCAGGAGUAACCAGGUUUUUGUGCGAUGGUCAAGUGUCAAACUAUUGAAUAUUUUUGGUUGGCUAUUUUAAAAAGUUGGAAUUUAAAGUAAUUGUUCCUAGGUGAUACUGAUGAUAGUAAUCGGGUUGGUGGUGGUGGAUAUGAAGACGAUGAUUAUGAUGAUAAUAAUAAUUAAUAAUAGUAAUUCAGUUAAUUUGUAAAGCACUUUUCUCACAUUAAGGGGCAAAAAAAUAUAUAUUUUUUAAAUAAUAAUAAAAAUGAUAAAAACUAUCCAGAACAUAGAACACAGGCAACAAACAAAGUUAUAUACAGGUGUUAUCAGAUCCGGAGGACAUGAGAACAGAAUUAGCAGAGAUGAAUGAUGAAGAUGAUGGAAAUUAUGAUUUUAGUCCAUGAAAAUGAUCCCACAAAAACCUGGAUGUAUUUUUGAAUGACAAGGAAUGUGUCGGUGCUGGGCUGCUUAUAGACCCACAUCCCCAUGGGUGGGCUACAGACUCAUUCAUAUACAGUGAUCACAUGUUUAGGCGAGGGGCCGAGGCCGCGACAGUGGCGCAUAAACACUUUCACUAUUUCAACAGAAUUCCCGGGAACUUCACAUGAAAGAAAUUCUUCUCGUGCCGAGUGCCCUGCUGCUGCUACAGUUAAAGUAACAUUUCAGUGAAGAGCGAAUUUGGGAGUGUCUGUUUUGGUGGUUGCGUUUAUAACUGCGGGAUUACAGUUGUUUUGGUGAAGAGUAACGGUACAACAUUCAACGCCGAAUUUCAACUUGUUACUUCUGGUUUGUGGGUUAGUUUUCGGCUUGCCUCGAAAAGUAGUUCUCAAAAUAUUUUCUACCCACCAUGGUCCACAAGUAUGACACAGAGAGGGCAGUGGGUCUGCUGAGACAAUACCAGGAUAGUCUGACCAGGCCAGAGGAACAAGCCCUGAAGACCAGCGUGGGGAAGGUCUCCGCCAUCUUCGGCAGCCAACUGUUUCACGCCCUACUUGAUAUCCAAGAAUGUUACGAGGUGACCCUGCAACUGAACACAACCCAGAACGCAGUGAAGGAGGCCAAUGCUGAGGAUGCGGGGGAGAACUCUGAGGAGGAGGGAGUGUCGCGGGUACGAGUGACCAGCAGGAGGAACCCUCAGAAGGUGGAGCAUGUGUUGGGGCUGGUGAGCCGCUACCACAUCGAGACGCCUAAGGCGAACCCUCCCCCUGUCAUCGUCAACGCAGACUCAUUGGAUGCAGGCCCUUAUGUAAAUGGCAGUGAUGGGAUGUAUAAAUAUGACGAGAUCAUCUUGGAAAGGGGUAACUCUGGCCUGGGCUUCAGCAUCGCUGGGGGGAUGGACAAUCCACACAUCCCAGAUGACCCAGGGAUCUUCAUCACCAAGAUCAUCCCUGGAGGAGCUGCAGCUAUGGACGGCAGGCUGGGGGUGAAUGACUGUGUGCUGCGUGUGAACGAGGUGGAUGUCUCUGAGGUAGUCCACAGCCGGGCGGUGGAGGCCCUGAAAGAGGCUGGCCCUGUGGUCAGGCUGCUGGUCAGGAGAAGACAGGCCCCUCCUGAGACCAUCCUGGAGAUCAACCUGCUCAAGGGGCCCAAAGGCCUUGGCUUCAGCAUCGCUGGGGGGAUCGGCAACCAGCACAUCCCUGGAGACAACAGCAUCUACAUCACAAAGAUCAUCGAGGGCGGGGCCGCGCAGAAAGACGGACGGCUGCAGACCGGAGACCGCCUGCUAGCUGUGAACAACAUCAUCCUGCAGGACGUGCGUCACGAGGAGGCGGUGGCGGCGCUGAAGAACACCUCUGACAUGGUCUACCUCAAGGUGGCCAAGCCCGGACCUGUGCACCUCAACGACAUGUAUGCCCCUCCGGACUACUCCAGCACCUUCCCCACCAUGGUGGACAACCACGUCAGCCACAACUCAGGCAUGGCCUACAUGGGAGCUAUGGAGCCAAAGCCCGUCUACAGCCAGCCCCCCCAGGUCACGCCCUCCAGGUACUCCCCAGACCCCCGUCACAUGCUGGGGGAGGAAGACUUCACCAGUCCCGGCCCGCGCCCUGACGCUGUUGCUCUGUUUGGCAGGGAGCCGCGGAAGGUGCUGCUGCACAAGGGCUCCACGGGGCUGGGCUUCAACAUCGUGGGCGGCGAGGAUGGAGAGGGCAUUUUUGUCUCCUUCAUCCUGGCCGGAGGACCAGCAGACCUGAGCGGAGAGCUCAGAAGGGGAGACCGCAUCCUCUCGGUGAAUGGGGUGAACCUGCGGAAUGCCACCCACGAGCAGGCAGCUGCAGCGCUGAAGAGGGCCGGCCAGACGGUCACCAUCAUCGCCCAGUACCGACCAGAAGAGUACAGCCGGUUUGAGUCCAAGAUCCACGACCUGCGGGAACAGAUGAUGAACAGCAGCAUGAGCUCUGGGUCGGGCUCCCUGCGCACCAGCGAGAAACGCUCCCUCUAUGUCAGAGCUCUGUUUGACUACGACCGGACCAGAGACAGCUGUCUGCCCAGCCAGGGCCUGAGCUUCUCCUAUGGGGACAUCCUGCAUGUCAUCAACGCCUCCGAUGACGAGUGGUGGCAGGCGCGCCUGGUCACGCCCCACGGGGAGAGCGAGCAGAUCGGGGUCAUUCCAAGCAAGAAGAGGGUGGAGAAGAAAGAGCGAGCGAGGUUAAAAACAGUCAAGUUCCACGCCAGGACUGGCAUGAUCGAGUCCAACCGGUCAAUCAAAAUAAAGCGCAAAAAAAGCUUCAACCUCUCACACAAGUUCCCGUUUUACAAGAGCAAGGAGAAUAUUGUGCAGGAGUUGGAGUCUGAACAAUGCCUGACGUCAAACACCAGCGACAGUGAAAGCAGCUCAAAGGGCCAGGAAGACACCAUUCUCUCAUACGAGCCAGUGAUUCGACAGGAGAUUCAUUACACGAGGCCUGUGAUCAUCUUAGGCCCAAUGAAAGACCGAGUUAACGAUGACCUGAUUUCAGAGUUCUCUCACAAGUUUGGCUCCUGCGUUCCUCACACGACACGCCCGCAGCGGGAGAACGAGAUGGACGGCCAGGACUACCACUUUGUGGGCUCGCGGGAGCAGAUGGAGAAGGACAUUCAGGAUAAUAAGUUCAUUGAGGCGGGCCAGUUUAACGAGAACCUCUAUGGGACCAGCAUCUUGUCUGUCAGAGCAGUGGCUGAGAGGGGAAAACAUUGUAUCCUGGACGUGUCUGGGAACGCUAUAAAGCGACUUCAACAAGCACAACUUUAUUCGAUCGCAAUUUUCAUCAAACCAAAAUCCAUUGAAGCUCUUAUGGACAUGAAUAAGAGACAGACUUACGAACAAGCUAAUAAAGUCUUUGAUAAAGCAAUUAAGCUUGAACAAGAGUUUGGAGAAUUUUUCACAGCCAUUGUACAGGGUGAUUCGCUAGAGGAGAUCUACAACAAAAUCAAGAUGAUCAUUGAGGAACAGUCGGGCCCCUACAUCUGGAUACCUUCUUCAGAGAAGCUCUGAGCUCCCCAGCUGUACCCCUCUGUCGGCGCAGAGACCCCCCCCCCCCCUCCCGACACCCCGCCCAUCCCCCGAAGAGCUCCUCCCUCCCCCUUUUUUGCAGAUAUGUUUCAUAUCAAGUUUUAGUGUCAUCAUUAUGUUAAUCUCAAAUGAAAACUAGUCUUAUCACCAUUUCUGUGACUGUGCACACCCCUGCAUGAGUUUCUCAGCAAAUCCAUUCAAGACUGGAAAUGCCAUUUCAAAUGAAUUUGUCAUUUUAAAACAAAACAAGGGAAAAGCAAAAUGAAUCGUUCUUUGUGAAAUGGGACUGACAGUUGAAGAUCAGAAUGUUUUACAGACAACGCUGGAGUGAGGAGGAGUUAGGGAUUCAGGAGAAGUUGCAGACCAAUCAUACAAGUUGGAACACUGUAAAUGUUCAUCAAAUCACAUUUUUAAAAAAGACAUGCAAGAUGAGAAGCAAAGACCACUUAGGUUUUUUUUCUACAAGGACUGGAUAAUAUCAAGCCCAGCUGAUGGUACUGUUGGAGUUAUCGCUCUUCUUUGUAAUUACUGAAGAAAUUGGUGGAGAAGCCUACAGACUGGUGAUCUACCAGCUUGCUGUUUGAUCAGCUGCCAGUUGUUGGUGCUGCAGCUGAUACAGACCUCUUGGGAGGCAGAACCAAUGGAAGAAAUUAGUUAUGAAUCUCUACAUUUAUAUAAUGAAAUCACAAGGUAAAUUAUCAAAUCCUACUGCGAUUUUACUACAUAUUAAAAACGACACGUUUUACACUUCACUAGAAUUGUCUACUUGGAGGGCUGUUAGAUUAUUAUUUUUUUUGCUUGUGGUUUUUAGCUGCUCUGUGUAAAGGAUGAGGGUAGAGAAGUGUAACGGGGCUCUCUGCAAAACACCAAACUGCCUUACAUCAAAUACAAAUUGUUAUAUUACUACCUGUACUUUGAGGGAAGCUAUAAAUAAUUGACAACGAAAAAAAGAUGGAACUUUUUAUUUGAAAUAUUCACCUUUUCUGCGUUGUCUCCUGACUUCCAGGUGGCCUAACUUGUGAGUGCAAUAGACGAACGCAUCGCACUUCUGUGGACUUCUAUCUUCCCUUUUUAUUCUUUUUGACUUUUCCUGUUGUAAUUUAAGAUUUGAUUGGAUUUCAAUUUAGGCAGCCAUAGCUCCCUCACCCACGUUGAGCAGCAGAUCACCCUAUUACACUCUCUACCUUCCAAGAGGAGAGUGUCUUCUGAUUGAAUGGUCACAUGGUACUGUCCUGAAUAUGCCAUCAUGAAGGUGGCCUUAAAAACGGGUAGAACAAGACAAUACUUGUAUUGGAUGUCCUAACAGAGGCAAUUUAACCUGCUUUUGGAUUGUCCCCUUCCCCCCCCCCACCCAAAAUAACACUAAAGAGGGGUUUGAUUAAAACCUACGUUGCAUUCGUAAAGUAUUCAGACUUCUUGACGUUUUUUCACAUUAGUCUUAUUUUACAAUGGAUUAAAUACAUGUUUUAUCAAUCAACACACAAUACCCCAUAAUGACAAAGCAAAAACAGUUUUAGAAAGUUGUGUAAAUGUAUUAGAAAUAAGAAACAGAAAUGCCUUACUUAGCAAAGGGUCUGAAUACUUAUGUAUGACUUGAAAUUAAGCUCAGGUGAAUCCUGUUUCCAUUGAUCAUCCUUGAUGUUUCUACAACUUGAUUAGAGUCCCACAGUUGACAGUGCAUGUCAGAGUAAAAACCAAGCCAUGAGGUUGAAGGAAUUGUCUGUAGAGCUCAGAGACAGGAUUGUGUCGCGGCACAGAUCUGGGGAAGGGUACCAAAACAUUUCUGCAGCAUUGAAGGUCCCCAAGAACACAGUGGCCGUAAAUUGAAGAAGUUUGGAACCACCAAGACUCUUCCUAGAGCUAGCCGCCUGGCCAAACUGAGCAAUCGUGGGAGAAGUGCCUUUGGUCAGGGAGGUAACCAAGGACCCAAUGGUCACUCUGCCAGAUGGAAGCCACUCUUCAGCAGUAGGGACUGGGAGUCUAGUCAGGAUUGAGGGAAAGAUGAACGGAGCAAAGUACAGAGAGAUCCUUGAUGAAAACCUGCUCCAGAGCACUCUGGACCUCAGACUGGGGAGAAGGUUCACCUUCCAACUGGACAACGACCCUAAGCACACAGCCAAGAAAACGCAGGAGUGGCUUCGGGACAAUUCUCUGAAUGGCCCGGCCAAAGCCCGGACUUGAACCCGAUCGAACAUCCCUGGAGAGACCUAAAAAUAGCUGUGCAGUGACGCUUCCCAUCCAACCUGACAAAGCUUGAGAGGAUCUGCAGAGAAGAAUGGGGAAAAACUCCCUAAAUACAGGAGUGCCAAGCUUGUAGCGUCAUACCCAAGAAGACUUGAGGCUGUAAUCGCUGCCAAAGGGGCUUGAACAAAGUACUGAGUAAAGGUUCUGAAUACUUAUGUAAAUGUGUUAUCAUUGUUUUUGUGUGUGUGUAUAUAUAUAUGCUAACAUAAAAAAACAUGUUUUGCUUUGUCAUGGGGUUAUUGUGUGUAGAUUUAAGUAUUUAAUCAAUUUUAGAAUAAGGCUGUGACUUCUUAACAAAAUGUAGAAAAAGUCAAAGGGUUCUGAAUACUUUCUGAAUACACUGUAUAUGCUCUGUGUAUCUAACGUUUUUAAAUCAUUUUUGAAUGAGUUCUGGGCAUGUGUUGAACCACUGUGUUAUGAACCCAUGGCAUGUCUGGGGCGAGCAAGGUCAGCUCAGGAAUCUAACACGCAGAUUUAAUUUCCCCUGUGACUGAAAUGCCAUGUUUGAAAGGAGACAUGGAGUGUUCAAAACUGUUAAAUGUGAAUGAGAGUAAUUGACUGAACGAUCUGAGUGAUUUUAAAGGCAUUUGCAUUGAACUAUUUAAUAAGCGAAUGUAAUAUGUCUAUCUUAUGAUGCGGUGAAGCUUUGUGAAGACCACUUCUGUGGUAAACCCUUGCCUGAGUUGGCUCUAUGGAUUCAACAGGAUUGAAAUGACCUGCCCCAUCUCCCUUUGCGGAUCUUGGCACUGUGUGUUUGUGUACAUGUGAGGGGACUUGUUGAAGAAUAAGGAAUGCUGUGGCUCCCUACCCUGUGAAUGUUUAGGUUUUCCACCUUUUUUUGGUAGAGGGGAAUGGAUUUUCCUCAGAUACCUGAGAUCUUCUAUAUGCCCAAAGGAAGUUGUCACCUAGCCCUCUGGGUCCCUUACUUCCCCCUAAAGCACCUGUACCUGAAGGCAUUUUCUGAACAGGUGUGCCCACCUGCCAGGCACCACUGCUAAACCAGCUGUCAUUACCUGUGUCAAAACCAGAGUUCAGGGAAUAACCGAAGGGAACAGAGCCAUUUAUAAACUGCAUACAGACUGUUUCAAAGGGUGUGGUAGCUGUCAAAUGUAAAUAUGCCCCCAGCAGAUCCCCCUCACCUGUGCUUCAUGCAUGUGUGAAACAAACUGGGGCAAAACAUGUUUUCUAGAUCACAAAUGUCAGGUAAGUAAACUGAGCUAUUCUGAGAUAUAAUUUCCAUACAAAUGUGCUGUAAUGUUGGUAUUUCUCUAUAGACAAAUCUUCAGCUGCCUAUUGGAAAAAUGUUUGUCAGUUGGGAAUGUAAUUCCUUCAAGUAGGGCCUGUCUACAUGUUAUUUCUUGUGGAAAAUGGUGUCUGGGUGUAUAGAAUUAAACAAUUAUGUAAAAAAAAAAAAAUAAUGAAGAUGAGACACAGGCAGCAACCUACAAGGUGAUAUUCUAGAAACCAUGAGGUGCAUUGAUCAUUAUCUCAUUUAGAACUGCUCCUCAGCUGUGUUUCAACUAAACACCAGACUGUUAACGUCUGGUAUUUAUACCUCUCGGUCAGCCAUGUCAAUAAAGCCCAAAGAACUAGAUUUAAUUGUAUUAUUUCUAUUGCGGUAGAACAAGAUUGAACCGAAAUGCCUCUUGUGUUUGUAUAAUUGAUGAGGGUAUUUUUUCCAGUGAGAGAGACAUGAGCUCUGGGGGGGUGGGGUCGGUCGGGUUAUGGUUUGUCCUUCUGGGUGAUGAGUUGUUUGACAGCGCACCUGUGCAGUAAGUGCUUGCGAACCCUUUGAUUGUACAGUACUUUCCUUCCUGUCACACUACAGGUGGUAGAGCCUA